UCUUUUGUUUACCUUUUCAUUUCGCAUUUUACUUUUGCCAUUUUCAUUCUGCUGCUGCGUAAAUUUGUUAAUUUUACAAAGAAAUGCAGCAAGGAGAAAAUAUCCAGCCAAAGGCAAAACGUGUGCGACUUAAUCCGACCAAGAAAUGGACAGUGGCGGAAGAAAAGGCACUAGUAGAAUUUUUGAUGGGCAACAGAAAUUUUGAAAAACCAACAGCGCAAUCAUAUUAUAGACGGUUCGCGGAAGAGGCGAACAUCGCUGUAGAGUGGAAGUUGAUACGUGCGAAGGUGAGAAAUAUGAGGUUGAGCUAUAAUAAAGCCAAAGCAUGGGAAGGUUCGACUGGCGCUGGCAGCAUGGAAGGGGAGACAUUAAAAGCUACUUUGCUAAAAAAGUGCACUUGUUACUAUGAACUAGACGAAGUUUUUGGUGGCAGAAUAGUGGAAGCGGCAAUAAUUGAAGAGAGCUUGGACUCUGCCUCGAGCAAUGAUAUUUUUAAUUCAACGAUAAUUGAAAUAGAAGAAGGCUCCACGUCCGCAACCUAUGGAGUGGUGGAAAGUGCAGAGCCGCCAAGUGCAGAGCCGCCAAGUCGCAGAGGCAUAUAUUCGCGGACAGCUGUGUCGGAUAUAAGAGAAAUUUACUCGGAGACCUUAAAGUUGAAAAGGGAGAAAAUACAAAAUGAAAGUACAUUAAGGGAGAGAGAAGUAUACAUUAAAGAGAGGGAAUUGGCUCUGAAAGAAAAAGAAAUUGAUUUAAAAGUUAAGGAAUUGGAAAUGAAAGAACGGUUGGCAAUGGAGGAGCUUAGAUUGAAGUAUAAAUGA